AUGUCCGACGACGAUGAGUUUAUGCUGAGCGCGGGAGACGAGGAUUACGACUUUGAGUACGAAGAUGAGGAGGAGGAAAUGGAGGACGACGACAAUGAGGCCAUGGACUGCGAAAACAAGUACUACAACGCCAAGGCGGUCAAGGAGGACGAGCCCGAGGAGGCGAUUGAGCAGUUCCAAGAGAUCAUCAACGACCCUGCUGCUGGCGAAUGGGCGUUCAAGUCCAUCAAGCAGGUUAUCAAGUGUCUGACAAGCUCGGAUGCCAAAUCAGCUUCUGAACGAGAAAAAAAGUGGACCACAACGUUUGAAUACUACGGCAAGAUGCUGGAUCUCAUCACAAGCAAAACGACGUCAAUUACACGCAACUAUGCCGAGAAAUCGCUCAAUUCUAUGGUUGCAAACAUCACCAAGAGCGCUGAGAGUGAGGGAUCCGAGUCCUCCGCCAGACAGCUGGAGAAGGUACACACCAUGGCCAUUGAGCGGCUCGAUGCAAACGGCUCCGAUGGAUUGUGGCUUAAGACAAAGCUCAAGCUUGCUAAGCUUUACAUCGACGUGGAGGAUCUUACCCGUGCCAAAACGGAAAUUUGGGAACUUCGAGAGAAACUGGAUCAGCCAGAUACCGCCCAAGAUGCAUCCGACAACUACAUGUUGGAGCUGCUUUCGUUGCAGAUCCAGUAUUACACCCUUGUUGGAAACACCCGAGAACUAGGCGUCAUCUACCAACAGACGCUCAACAUCAAAUCGGCGUGUUUGCCCCACCCCAGAAUUCUGGGAGUCAUUCGAGAAUGUGGCGGCAAAAUGUACAUGCGGGAGAAGCGGUGGGACAAGGCAUGCGAGGAGUUUUUCCAGAGUUUCAAAAACUAUGAUGAGGCCGGAUCUCCUGCCAAAAUCCAGAUUCUCAAGUAUCUGGUGGUUGCAUCCAUCCUGACCAACUCAGACAUUAACGUGUUUGACUCACAGGAACUACAGCCCUACAGAAGUGAUGGCCGCAUCUCCCAGAUGAUGGCUCUGCAUGACGGUUUCUACCAGUCGGAUAUCAGCGAUUUCUACAAAAAGAUCUUCCUGCAAAAGACAGACCAGGAUCUGCUUAAAGACAAGUUCUUGAAACAGUACUUUGACCAGAUUGUCGAUACUGUCCAGCGAAAGUACGUGGCUCACAUCAUCAAGCCAUUCUGUGCACUGGACAUUUCAUUCUUGGCUAGGAAAACUUCCAUCGGCGAGGAGGAGUGUCGAAAGCUCUUGGUGAACCUGAUUGUGGAGAGCAACGAGGGUGGAAACGAGAGUCUCAGCGAUGCAAGAUUCAACAAACUAACCGGACAUGUGGUUCUUGAUCCUGCCGUGCCUCGCCUUGAGGUACCCACUGUCUCUCAGGCUCAGGAUCUCAUCACAUGUGAGGCUUCCUCUACCACUGGCCAGUUGACACAGAUUCUGUACGGAGGAGGAGCUGGAGGAAUGAUCGAGUCCUCUUCUGCUUCUGUUACCGAGGGUCAUCGAGUCGGUGGACCCCACGACAUGCCUCUGUAUGCUGGUGCUGGGCACUCUAUGCUAGAGAAGGAGGAGACCAACAAGGGCGACAUGGAUAUUCCACUGCUCUAUCCCGUGAAACCCGCCAAGACCUUCAGAAACAUGUCUGCUCUGGAACAGGUCUGGAACCCCGUUGGUCCCAUCAAAUCUAGACAGAUGGCUACCUUUGGCCAGGCUGAUUUGGAUGAAGACGAUCUUGAUAAGCCUGACAUGCCCUAUUCUCGAGAUGAGGUGCUCAAGAUCUGGACUGACCGGGUUGUCAGAGUCGUUGAUGAGGUUACUAAUCUGUAG